ACUUUGCAAUUCGGUAACUUGCUCUUGUAAUUUUUUGUGCCUUUGUAUCAAAGUAUAUGAAUUAUCAAUUAAUCUCAUUAAAACAAUUUUUAUAUUUUCGUUAUCAGACAAGUUCACAUCAUUUAUUUUUGAUUCAUCGGUGGUACCACAUGGUCUGAUAUGCCGGCAUGAAAACAAAUUGACUGAUUUACAAGCGCAGUUAAAACAAAGAAAAAAAAUAUUUGAAAAGCAAGUUUUGGCAUGUUUCCUGUUUGAAGAAUAAUAGGUUACUACAAAAUAAUUUUGCCAUAAUAUGGACAACGAUUGGGAAAAUGAAGUUGGAACCGGUAAAGCAUUUGGUCGCGGCCGACCAGUUGUAGCCGAUGAAGAUGAUGGUUGGGGUGAAACUAAUGGUUCUAGUAACGAUGGUGGAUUUGAUUGGGGUGGUGAUCGACCCCCACGUGGUGGCGGAAGAAGUGAUCGGGGAGAACGCAGAGGAGGUCGUGGAGGUGGCCGUGGAAGAGGAGGUGGCCAUGGAGGCGGUGGUCGGGGUGGUGAUGACUCUAACGGAUAUCGCAGUAAUCGAAAUGGUGGUUGGGGAGGUGACGGUGAGACAAGCGAAGGUGGUGGUUGGGGUGGCAAGAACAAUGACAAUUCUGGAGGAGGUUGGGAUGGUGGCGAUUCAGAAAAUAGUGGAGAUCGGCGAGGAGGUCGUGGGGGUGGGCGCGGUGGUAGAGGGAGUCGUGGUGGUGGUCGCGGUGGCGGUCGUAGAGGAGAAUUUGGUGGUAAUGGUGAUUUUGGUAGUGGCGAAAAUAAUGGAGAACAAGAAAAGCCCAAAGAACGAUACGUUCCACCAGAACCAUCUACAGAAGAAAGUGAAAUCUUUUCAAUGGGUAACGAGAUCGGUAUUAAUUUCGAUAAAUUCGAUGACAUCGACGUAAAAGUAUCUGGUGAAAAUAUACCAACACCAAUAAACAAUUUUGAAGAAUCUGGUUUACGACCAUUUUUAUUAGAAAACGUACAAAAAUCAAAAUACACAAAACCAACACCUAUACAAAAACAUGCAAUACCCAUUAUUAUGGCUGGACGUGACGUAAUGGCAUGUGCACAAACCGGGUCGGGCAAAACUGCCGCGUUCCUUUUACCUAUAUUACAUACACUAUUAAGUGAUCCCAGAGAUAUGGUAAUGGAUGGUACUCAUGUUGAACCCCAAGCCGUUAUUGUAUCACCGACUCGAGAAUUAGCAAUUCAAAUAAAUGAAGAAUGUCGAAAAUUUUCACUUAAAUCGAUUCUACAAACAGUUGUCGCUUAUGGCGGUGCAGCCACCUUUCAUCAAGUCAGACAGUUAAUGAAUGGCUGCCAUGUUCUAGUCGCUACACCCGGUCGAUUGUUGGACUUUGUACGAAGUGGGCGAAUUACAUUUAAUUCUGUACGAUUUUUUGUCUUAGAUGAAGCUGAUAGGAUGUUGGAUAUGGGAUUCUUACCCGAAGUUGAAAAAAUGUUGAGCCAUGAAUCCAUGGUGGCAACAACAGAUAGACAAACAUUAAUGUUUUCAGCAACAUUCCCAACAGAAAUUCAACAAUUAGCUGGACAAUUUUUAAAUAAUUAUUUGUUUAUUAGUGUCGGUAUUGUCGGUGGGGCUUGUUCUGACGUAACUCAAUCCUUUUAUCAAGUUGACGAAUAUAAUAAACGUGAAAAGUUAUUAGAAAUUUUUAAAGAAGAGGGUACUGAACGUACUUUAGUAUUUGUUGAAACCAAGAGAAAUGCCGAUUUCUUAGCGUCAAUAUUAUGUGAAAAUAACUUUAAAGCAACAAGUAUCCAUGGAGAUCGAUUACAAAGAGAAAGAGAAACAGCACUUGGUGAUUUUAAACGUGGAAAUAGAAAUAUAUUAGUUGCUACAGGAGUUGCUUCGCGUGGUUUAGACAUUAAGAAUGUUAAGCAUGUAAUCAAUUAUGAUUUACCAAGACCACCAAAUGCAAUUGACGAAUAUGUACAUCGAAUUGGGCGUACAGGUCGUGUGGGAAAUCGUGGUAAAGCUACCAGUUUUUAUGAUAGUGCUCAAGAUGCAUCUCUAGCCAAAGAUUUAAUUAAAAUAUUACGUCAAGCUGGUCAACCUAUUCCUGAUUGGCUACAACGUGAUGAAAAUGCUAGCGGUGGUGGAGGAGGCUUCCGUCGUGGAAAAUUUGGUGGUCGGGAUGUUCGAGGGGAUGACUUUGGUGCUCCGCAAGAUAACUUUCAACCAACGACAGAAGAGGAAUGGUAGUAUAUUUUUAUAUCUUCUGACAUUACCCACACUCUUCCUUGGAAUAAACACGUUGUUUUCUUUUUCGUCAUAUAAUUUUUUUGUUGAGUUUAUAAGAAUUUAUUCUAGUUCCUUUUUAUAUUUAGAUAUUUAAAAAGUAAAACACUUAAUUGUGAAACAGGGAGACUCUUUAAAUAUAUGGCUGUGUAAAAUUUUGUUGAAAAACCGUUAAGGAGUUAAUUCAUUAAAAAUUAAC